GCCUCCAGAACUGGUAUCAAAGUAUGCAAAUUUCUCUGAGGGAGUGUGCAAACCUGGUUAUGCAUCAGCGCUCAUGACUGUCAUCUUUCCAAAGUUCUUGAAGCCGGCGCCAAUGUUUUUGGAUGAUUCCUUCAGGAAAUGGGCACGUAUCAGGGACUUUGUACCCCCUUUUGGAAUUAAAGGACAAGAUAAUCUGAUCAAAGCCAUCCUGUCAGCAACCAAAGAUUACCGCCUAACUCCAGCUCUUGACAGUCUCAGCUGCCGGCGAUGUAUUAUUGUGGGAAAUGGUGGAGUACUUGCAAAUAAGUCAUUGGGGUUAAAAAUUGAUGACUAUGAUGUUGUUGUCAGGCUGAACUCGGCUCCUGUGAAGGGCUUUGAAAAAGAUGUGGGUGGCAAGACAACUCUCCGGAUCACAUAUCCUGAAGGUGCAAUCCAGAAAAUGGAGCAGUAUGAGAAAGAUUCCCUCUUUGUUCUGGCGGGAUUCAAAUGGCAGGAUUUCAAGUGGCUGAAAUACAUUGUUUACAAGGAGAAAGUGAGUGCCUCUGAUGGCUUUUGGAAGUCAGUGGCAACCCGUGUCCCAAGAGAACCUCAUGAGAUACGUAUCCUGAAUCCCUACUUCAUCCAGGAGGCAGCUUUCAGCUUCAUCGGCCUGCCUUUCAACAAUGGCCUGAUGGGCAGAGGGAACAUCCCCACCUUGGGAAGCGUAGCAAUAACCAUGGCGCUCCACAACUGUGAUGAGGUGGCGGUAGCUGGGUUUGGCUAUGACAUGAGUUCACCCAAUGCACCGCUGCACUACUAUGAGAACAUCAAGAUGUCUGCCAUCAAAGAGUCCUGGACGCACAAUAUCCAGCGGGAGAAGGAGUUCCUGCGGAAGCUGGUGAAAGCCCGAGUCAUCACUGACCUAACCAGUGGGAUCUGAGUGGCUGCAGCCACUGCCUCCAAGGGAGGAGACGAAGACGCACGCUGCAGCUCUGGGAGCAGGCACUG